AAACUGAAAGGUAGGAACUUUCGGAAUUUAACGAUUAUUUGGAAACGUAUAGGCAAUUCUAAACAUACACGUGUAUGUUUGUUUUUCUUCAUCCUUCUGCAAACACAAAUCCAACUUUAUUACGUUAUUGCCGUUAUGUUAUUGCCGUUCGGUGAAACUGGCUAUUCCGUCUUCGUGUUUCCUCGGCGUCUAGUCUUGCAAGCUAGCAUUAAAGUAGCAAAGACAAAGCAUUGAUAAACAUCGAAAACGAAGGUGCAGUGGUCGAAAGAAGUCGUGGAGGAAAUUAUCGUCGUUGCGAAUUUUUGAAAUACAACGAGAGAGCAUUCGACGGAUAGUUGGCCGAUUCAAAUUCUUCUUCCAAAAACAACAAGCAAUUAACGAAAAUUGAAUUAUGCUUUUCAUGCCGAGUAUGGGUGUUACAAAUGAAUUUAGAAACGAGACAUAUGUUAUACGUGACAAUCAACCAAAGCAUCGAUCAAGAAUACAACAGUGUUGGGAAUAUCUGCUAAAUUUCUUCAGAAAUAGCAAUUCGGAGGAAGAAGUGGAGUCAAUCACAUAUAGAUACGUGAAAACACCAGAAAAUCUGAUGGAGGAAGAUCUCGCCCCUGUCUCCUCGUCGGAAUACAGGCCCAUAUACUCGCAGAAUGUGAGCAGUGCCCCUAAUUUCGUCAAAAGAUGCCAUAUGUGUAAUCUGCUGGAUUUAAAAGUACAUCAAGUGAAAGAAUCAAGCAACUAUUCGCUCAUAGAACUGUUGCGAAUAAACAUUGACUCUCUGGAACUCUGUUAUUUCCUCAUGAAUACAUACGCAUUUUCAUAUCAACCAUCGUUUGGUAACUCAAACUAUCUGAAAUAUCUAUCUGAUAUAAAAAUACAGAAGAUUUGCUUAAACAAAAUAGAUGAGCAAUUGGGGAAACUAAUAUGUUGGAGGGAUAAUGAUUUUUAUAUGAAGCGACACGCCGAUCUUAUUUUCAAGGAGGAAGUGCAAUCAAUCAAUUUGGAAGAAUACUACUCAAAGAAUUUCUUCAGUAUCCACAAUAUCCCAACUCCAAAUGAAGUUUUUGAAGAAGACCAAUCAGAAAUCUUCUAAAGACUAGAAAUUUCGUCAAUAGCGAGUUUACCGCUGAAUUACUAAUCGAUUUCUCUCUUAACAAUUUAGACGGUACCAAGUUGUCUUUUGAAAUGAACGCUUGUUAGAACGCUAAACAGAUUUGGCUAAACAGAGAUUUGUGAUAUUUUGUAAAAUAUGAACAUCAACGAAAUUUAAUUCGAGAUAUACAGCACUCUCCUAGCUAUUGUUAUUAUAUUAUU